AGAAAGUGAACCAGGAAACAGAGGAUCCUAAAGCUGACUCCGUCCCGGACUGACGGCUAAAAGACGGUGUUCACGACGGGAAUCCCACCGUUUAUCAAUUAAAGAUUAGUAUUUUGUAUUUAGGUAGACACAGAGCAGCGACAUGGCGUCCCUUUUCAAGAAGAAGACUGUCGACGACAUCAUUAAGGAACAGUCUAAGGAGCUGCGUGGCACUCAGAGACAGAUCACCAGGGACCGAGCGGCGCUGGAGAAACAAGAGAAACAAAUGGAGUUGGAGAUCAAGAAAAUGGCAAAGUCCGGUAACCGUGAGGCUUGUAAGAUACUUGCCAAGCAGCUGGUGCAGCUGAGGAAGCAGAAGAACCGCACGUACGCCGUCAGCUCCAAGGUUACCUCCAUGUCUACGCAGACGAAGGUCAUGAACUCUCAAAUGAAGAUGGCUGGUGCCAUGUCUUCUACAGCUAAGACCAUGCAAGCCGUGAAUAAGAAAAUGGAUCCACAGAAGACAUUGCAGACCAUGCAGGACUUCCAGAAAGAGAACAUGAAGAUGGGCAUGACUGAGGACAUGAUCAAUGACACUUUAGAUGAGAUUUUUGAUGAGUCUGGGGAUGAAGAGGAAUCUCAGGACAUUGUCAACCAGGUCCUGGAUGAGAUUGGCAUCGAGAUCUCAGGGAAGAUGGUUAGAGCUCCAGCUGCAGGAAAGAACGUCCCCGGUGCCGCCGCCGCCUCCAAACAAGCCACCAUCUCUGACGACGAGAUCGAGAGACAACUUCGAGCUCUGGGAGUGGACUAACUGUCUGCUUUGUGAUUUUCACGUUACAAACCAGUGCAUCUCAAUACUGACUGAUACGGACUCUAUCAGACACACUGGUUCUGUCACUGGUCUGAAGCUGCAGGUGUAAACAGACACAUUUAAAAGCAUGCAGGCAGACACAUUUAUCAUAUACGUUCUGCUGGACGCCUUAAGAUUCAUUUGGACAAAACAUCUGAUUUAUUUAUAUGAAAGGAAUAUUUAUUAAGACACCCGAGUGACCACAAUUUUACACCUUUGUUUGCCACUCUCUCUUUAAAAGGGCUGCAAGAGAGUUUGGAAUCUGCCUUUUUUUUGUGUGUUUUUUCGGUCAAUCUUUUGUUAGUUUUGCAAUUUAAGAUGGAUGAUCUCUCUUUAGCAAGUUUACAUGAGAAACAUGGUAAUUAAAAAGAGCUUUGGGGUUGUCAAUAAACAGAUGGAACUUGUCUUUUUCUACUCGGACCAUUUACCUGCUGUCUUUUGCGUAUUUGGGUAAUUUAAAUCCAUCUGAUUCUCUGAGGCAAACUGUCUUCAUUAACACCCUUUUUGAACAGACUUGCAUUGUUUUGUGGAUAAAACUUUUAAUUUGUUGUUAUUUAGUUAAUACUAACAUGUGGUUGUUAGAGUAAAUGCCACAAAUUGGAUGAUUGUCACCAGACAAAUAAAACUACUGGACAUCGAAAUGUUCAUUUACGAUGUUUUUCAGAGGAGAUAUAUAUUUGUAAACCAUUAAAUUUGUUAGAGACAGAUUGGUCUGGAAGCAAACUGGCUAAAUAAAUUAGCAGCAUUGACGUUGUGAUGGCAUGUGGAAGGCAUGGCUAAGAUUUAAACCCACAUUAGAGCUUGUGCAAGACUAGCAGAGUUUUGAUCAGUUUUCUGAUGCAACUGAGUAAUCGGAUUAUUAUUUUUUUUGUUUUUAGGUUGUUUGAUUUAAACAAUGAUUGUAGGAUGGCACUGUUCCUGCAGUCCCUCUUCUCUUUCAGCUGCUGUGCAGUUACUCUUUGGUUAGUUUAAGCCGCCUCACUAACAAAACACACACACACACACGCUACAGCAACUAAAUAAGAUGACACUGUGAUAUAAGAGUUCUUUUCUCCUGAGCUGAAGCUGACUUUCAUUUCUAUAAAGUGAGUUCAACAUCAGCAGCUUCAGGCUUUGUGAGACUAGCGACAUCUUCUCAUUGUAAUAUUGUUUAUACCCCUCUUUAGCCUUUUGUUUCCAUAUGAUCCUAAUGCCAAAACAAUCUGUUAACAUGUCACUUUUGCAUGUACGGCUCAGAAGCAUCAUCAAACCUCCUCAACCAUGUAUCAGUCCAGUGUAAUUAUU